ACCACCACAUCCUCAACCGCUCCUGGUGGAGGAAGCACACCAUCAACCACUGAGCCUACCAGCAGCACACCUGGGGCCACUACCCAGUCAACCGCUCCUGCGGGCAUCAGCUCACCAGUGACCACGUCUACUCAGGGCAGAUCCUCCCCUACCACUCCUGUAGGCGCCACCACGUUUUCAACUGCUCCUGGUGCAGAGAGCACGCCAUCAACCACCGAACCUGCCACCACCACACCUGUGGCCACUACGGAGGCCAGCACCUUGUCAACUGCUGCUGGAGGCAGCAGCUCACUGGUAACCACGUCUAUUCAGUCCAGUUUCUCCUCUACCAUUCCUGGAGGUGCAAGCAGGCCUUCAACCACUCCCGGUGGAGAAAGCACACCAUCAACCACUGAGCCUGCCACCCCCACACCUGGGACCACUACUGAGGCCAGCACCCCGUCAAUUCCUCCGGCAGGUACCAGUUUACCGGUGACCAUGUCUAUUCAGGGCAUUUCCUCCCCUACUGCUCCUGGAGGCACCACCACAUCCCCAACUGCUCCUGGUGGAGGAAGCACACCAUCAAACACUGAGCCUGCCACCCGCAUACCUGGGUCAACCACCGAGGCCAGCAUGCCAACAAGUGCUCCUGCAGGCAUGAGCUCACUGGUGGCCUCGUCUACUGAGGCCACUUCCUCCCCUAUCACUCCCGGAGGUGCCCCAACGCAUUCAACCUCUCCUGUUGGAGGAAGCACACCAUCAACCAACAAGCCUGCCACCGCCACACCUGGGGCCACUACUGAGGCCAGCACACUGUCAACCCCUCCUGGGGGCACCAGUUCACUGGUGACCACGUCUAGUCAGGGCAUUUCCUCCCCUACUGCUCCUGAAGGCACCACCACA